AUGAGUUUUAGUAUGUUAUCCGAUGCCUUGUACAACAGCGACGUUGGGCUGGUCAAGGAGCUUUUGAAGAACAAGAACUUGACGUUUGAUCCGUCCGUGUUUACAAUAGCUAUCACUCUGGGGAAUCUGGCCAUUGUGAAGCUGUUGCUGCAGGAGGGACAUGUGAACCCCACGGCCAUCCACUUUGACAUGGCCUGUAGCCAAGGGCGGCUGGGUAUGGUGCGACUCUUGCUGCAAGAUCCACGGAUCGAUCCAACCGCAC